AUACAACCGCCGCAGUAGCUUUCGACGCGCGCGUGUACUAUUUCCUUUUUGCGGCGAACAUGCUGCUCUACGUCCUUCUUUGUCGCCGUGAAAAAGUCACUUUUCGAUAUACUUCGCGCAGUACGCCCUUACCUUUCCGGCAGACACCAUGGCGCCAGUAAUCUUCGAUUCUCCCUCAUCUGACGUAUCGUCAACUAAGCCUACGUCGCAGACCCUAAGUAGCACGCCUGGAAAGAAAUUACUUUCCACACCCCUACCGAACCCUUCAUUGCAGGUCACAGCGGACCACAACCUGAAGCAAGAAGACGCACCCGUAUAUGCACCGGGCCAUGGAGAGGUCUUGCUGCAUAUCAAAGCUACAGGUGUCUGCGGAUCCGAUAUUCAUUUCUGGCGGACGGGAAGAAUAGGGUCACUCGUUGUCGAGGGUGAUUGUAUAUUGGGGCAUGAGGCGGCUGGCAUUGUCUUGCAAUGCGGCGAAGGUGUAAAGAAUCUGAAGCCCGGUGAUCGUGUAGCUGUCGAACCUGGUGUUCCUUGUGGUGAAUGUUUUCUCUGCCUGGACGGUCGUUACAAUCUUUGCGAAGACGUACAGUUCGCGGGCGUCUACCCGUACCACGGCACAAUCCAACGUUACAAAACACAUCCGGCCAAGUGGUGUCACAAACUACCAGAUAAUGUCAGCUACGCAGAGGGCGCGUUGCUAGAGCCAUUGUCGGUCGUGAUGCACGGCAUCAAAUCAGCAGGUUUAUCACUUGGUCGCGGUGCUGUUGUAUGUGGAGCUGGGCCCAUCGGACUUAUCGCACUCGCAGCCGCAAGAGCAAGUGGUGCGCAUCCGAUCGUCAUCACAGAUAUCGAAACGAAGAGACUGGCCUUCGCAAAGAAGUUCGUCCCUUCAGCAUUGACUUAUCAAGUUGAUCGAAACCUCGAUGCGGAGGGAAACGCAAAGAAGAUCAGAGAUUUGUUUAACAUUGAGCACGUCGGAGAAUAUGGUGCACCAGAGGUGGUCCUCGAGUGCACAGGUGUAGAAAGCAGUGUGGUCACUGCGGCAUACACUGCGCGAAGAGGUGGAACGGUCAUGGUGAUUGGCGUAGGCAGGGAGGUUAUGAACAAUCUUCCGUUCAUGCACCUUUCGCUUGGUGAGAUCGACCUGAAAUUCAUCAACCGAUACCGAGACACAUGGCCUGCUGGCCUGCAGUGUCUUGCAGGAGGUAUCCUCGAUCUCAAGCCGUUGGUCAGCCACACAUAUCCAUUGGAGAAGGCUUUGGACGCUCUGCACACAUGCGGUGACUUGAGCAAUGGAAGCAUCAAGGUCCAGAUCAUCGACGAAGUCGACAAUGUGCUAUGAUUAGCAAUGCACAGAUCAGAUCACCUAUUGCAUUUUGUUAGCAAGAUUAGACCUUUACCCAUGCAGAGCGCUUCGUUUCAGUUACCGACUCUGCGUGCCUACAUUUACCCAUUUGGCUAUCUUGGCAACCGUCUUUCUUACCACAAGAGAAGCAGCGCGAACGAUAGACCCGCCGCCACAGUCUGGACUCCGCAAGCACAACACGAGACAUAAUGGGGCGUUGGAGGAUCAGAUGAAUGAUUCUGAGAACCGACUGCAGAAGUACCAAAAAGCUGCGUCGUAUUUUUCGAUGCGGUGAAAUAUGCUAAACGUUUUUCCU